CAAAGAAGAUACUGGAGGCUAGAUCUAUUGGUCAGGGGGAAUCAUCAAGCAGACCAAACCCGAAGGUUUGGAAACUGAUUUGGAAGCUGAAAAUUACUCCCAAAGUGCGUCAUUUCUGGUGGAGAGCAUGUUCCAAUGCGUUGGCGACGUAUAGAUGUAAGUGUGCGACCUCGCCAACAUGUAAAAGAGGAACUGAGACAGUGGAACUUAUGUUUUUGGGCUGCAGAUGGACUCAUAGUGUUUGGUUGGACAAAGAACCCAACCCAAUGUCGGUGUUGCGGAUCUCGAAACAACCAUGGGGGCAAUUCGGUUCUAUCAAACAGUCGGAGCAUUAUG